AUGGCAGAUGAUGACGACAUCAGAACGGCCGUUCACUCGUUUUAUACCAUCCAACAGCAGCAAAUCCACAUGCCGGUCAUACAUCACCAUUCUAUGAUGCACGGUCCCCAGAGCUAUGGGAGCGGUCCACCCAUGAACGCGAUCGGCAUGUCCCGCUCACAAUCGCACACGGUGAAUCUGCUGAGCGAGGAGUUUAUUGCCGGGUACAUGGAAGAGGGUCGCAUGUCCGUCGCCCGAAGGUUCUUCUGCCUUUUCGUAACAUUCGAUGUCGUAUUCAUCUCGCUGCUGUGGAUCAUUUGCGUUGUGAUCACUGGCGACAACGUAAUACACGCACUGCAAAUUCAGGUUCUUCACUACACGGUCUACACAUCGCUAUUUGAUGUUGUUAUUACUGCCCUCAUUAGGUUUAUUUUUCUUCUACUGUUUUAUGGGCUGCUCAGCGUCAGCCAUUGGCUAGUGAUAGCGUUAUCUACAACUAGUUCCUGUGCUUUUCUUAUUAGCAAAGUAUUUCUCUACGACUGGACUGCUACACCUCAACCGGUAUUCGAGGUGCUUCUGAUAGUGGUAUCGUUCGUAUUGGCAUGGGGCGAAGCAUGGUUCCUGGAUUGUCGCGUUAUACCACAGGAACGAUAUGCAAGAGAUUAUUUUGUCGCGAUCACGAAUCCCGGCUCGAUGGAUGCUCGCACACCUUUGCUGGGUCCAUUUCUGAGUGCAACAGUAGCUGGUCGGACGGAAAGUAUAGGCAACUUUUACUCACCGUUCGAAUCCAUUCAUAACAGCGAUGAUGACGACGAUGAAGAUGAGCAGGAUGCAGAGUUCAAGAAGAUGGGCAUCGAAUGCGUACGAAAGGCGUACACGCUGCUCGAAUCCGAUGGUUGGAAGAUUGAAAAGGUAACCGCGAAGGGUGACACAAUUCAAAGUUGUCAUCAGGACAAUAUCGGCAAAGUGUAUAAGCUUACGGCGAAGAUUCACUACCCUGCCCGGAAGCUGUUGGAGGAACUGUUUUACAAAAUUGAGGAAGUACCAAAAUGGAAUCCAACGCUUCUGGAUUCGAAAAUCAUUCGUAAAAUCGAUAGCCACACGGAUAUUUCCUACCAGGCCACGGUGGGCGGUGGCGGUGGUGUGGUAAAGUGUCGCGAUUUCGUAAACCUUCGCUGCUGGCACCUUUGUCGCGACGGGCGUGUAAUCGAGGGUGUCGAUAUCUUACCGAAUCCGUUAAUUAAUCUUUCUCCGGUGACUGAAGAAUAUGAAGGAGAUGAUACGGUCGAACAAAGUGACAAUAGUAAGGAGGAGCAGGAAAGCGUUGGUAGCAUCGGAAAGGGUGAUAUUUCUGGGAAAAUUCCUGCUUCAAAAUCCGUUCCGCAGAUGAGUCAAUCGCACGGAGAGUUAAAGCUGGGUGCGGAAGGACCUGGUGGUGCAAAAGAUAACGCAAAGAAAGAUAAGACUGCAUUUAAAACGCUCAGCAAAAGUUUGGGCGCACAGGAUUUCGCCGCCGGGGCAGCCGCUGAUGCCGGUUCGGAUCCUGAUGAUGUGUUUUCGGAUGCGCACACGGACGAUCAGGAAGGAGGCGAAUCAGCCUCGGGGGAUAGGAGCGAAAAGAAAAAGAAACAAACCCCCGGUGAGGAUUGUGAAUCAACGGCAAAGAGUGGCAACGUUUAUGUGAGUGCAGCAAUCAGCAUAGAAUAUCCCGGUGCUCCAAAAAAUACGAUAUUUAUUAGAGGAGAGAAUAAAGUAUCGUGCUGGGCGAUGCGGGAGCUCGAAAAUCAAAAGGAUCACUGUAUAUUUGAGUGGCUGCUUUGCUUGGAUCUGAAGGGCUAUAUUCCACGCUACGUGCUAGAUACUGCCUACACUACGCUAAUGCAAGACUACAUGAACUACCUUCGCAAGUACGUCGCCGAACUACGCAAGCAAGGAAAAGUGCCUGGUGGCUCCGAAUCCACCGCAUAG